AUGGGAACAGGAACGCCGCGUUCGUUGACCAGAUUGGUCCCGACUCUGACUUCUGCUCCAUCUGGACCGCCGGACGGAUCUUGUGAAGACAACGAGGCGCACGUCCGAAUCCCCAACCACAUGCACCCUCCCCUCCCUCUCAGCCCUCGCCCUCACCCCACCCAUUUCAAGUAUUCCAACACAAUCACCGAGGCGGCGGCGGCGGAGGGUAGUGUGAUCAUGCCUCACAGAGCGGCGCCGGCGAAGGGGCGGGUGACGGUGAGGGUGGGCGAGGAGCAGCAGCGGUUCGCGGUGCCGGUGGAGCACCUGAGCCACCCGCUGUUCGCCGCGCUGCUGGAGGAGGCCGCGGAAGAGUACGGGUUCACCCAGCCGGGGGCCAUCGCCAUCCCCUGCCCCGUCGACCACUUCCGCCGCAUCGAGGAGUUGAUCGAACGCCGCUACGGCGGCGCCGACCACCACCACCACCACCCCCACGUUCCUUUGAAUUUACCCAUUUGGAAAUAAGUGUCCGUCCACAAAGACAACAGUGUACGAGUUGUUAUGGCAAAUCAAUUUCCUAUCGAAUUUUAA